GGGUAUAUGUUUGAAUUUUGAAAUUAAAAAAACAUGAUAAUUAAAAUUUGCAUUGACAGAAAAAAUGAGAAACAACUUUGCGAUAAAAGAAAAAGCUUUGAAUCAUUUUUUUUUUUUGGUCAAGUGUUUUGUAGAAGUGGCGAGAAAGAGAUUGCACGAUAUAAAGAUAUGACAGCAUUAAAGCACUUCGUCACCAACCUCCCACUUCUCCUGUACACCACAUCAAUCGUGCUCCACUCGACGGGACUGUAUCUGCUCACAUUAGUUCGACGAAAACGAAAUCAAGAUCUUAUAAUCAUACAACUAAGCAUCGCUGAAAUCGGUAUGAAUGUUCUGGAUAUGGCGCAAAACAUCAUUGCGAGAUAUCCCAAAAACAGACAAUCUCUACCGUAUCUAAUUAUCGUUAAUUGCUGCUUCUUCGUCAUUCCCUUCUUUCUCAUCAUUAUAUUUCUAACAAUCGAUCGCUUUUUAGAAGUUUACUUCAACAUUCGAUACCAGGUCUAUUUUAGAGCACGAAUUGUGUUAUUGUUCUUAAUGUCAGGCUGGUGUAUUGGAUUCAUGACAGGUAUUGUACUGUUGUGUAUAAAAAUAAAAUACGGCAUCGAAGUACGUAAGUAUAUAUACAAAUGGAUGUUUCCACCGUAUGAGGUACUGUUUCUAGUCAUAGCAACGUGCACGUAUUGUUACAUAUACACGAAAUACACGAGAACACGUAAACAAAAACUUUCUUUGGGUGAAAUUGACUGCCACAACAAAACGUCCAACGUGGCGGAUAUCCAGGUACUUGACUCUAGCAAAGUAAAUAAAGAAUCGCUACCCCUCUCCAAGUUUGUAACCAAUAAGAUUGUACCGCACAAAGAAAACUUAAGAAAGUUCAACAGGAAAAGAAAACAUUCACUCAUAAAGAAACGCAACUUCUUCGUGCCAUCUUUUAUCAUCCUCACUUUUAUUUUAUUUGCACUCAUCCCAGACAUGAUCAACAUGACGUAUUUUUAUGUUUCAAAACGAGGCACAACGUUUUUAUCAAACAUUUUGUUAUGUUUGUACGCCCUUGGUUUUAUUGCUGACGCGCUAAUUUACAUAUUUCUACAAAAACAUUUACGAAAUUUAUUUUUGAGAAAAUUCUGUUACCGUGUAUGGCACGCAAAGUCGUUUCGAAGUUCGAUCAGCGUUCUGACGAAUUAAUCGAACGUAACAACCUUACAAGAGGGAGAGGCAGAAGUGAAAAAAGAUGAAUGGUAACAACAAAGUAAUGUCAACAAUAUGAAUGUUAGACAGAAGAACGGUUGGUGUGCUGGUGACAGUCAUAGAUAAUUCUUUUAUUUUUUUAGUUAUUUGCUAUUAUUAUGUUUGUGAUUGAGGUAUUGACUUUUCAAGUAAAUAAAUUUCGAAACUUUAUAUCACCUUAGAAUCGGCAUUUUGAAUUUUAAAUUCCCGCAUUUCAAAAAGCAGUUUACAAAAUGGCAUUUUUAGCAUUCUUCGCACACUGACGUGAAAUUUACAAUCUUCGUCAGAAGAAAACGCAAUUUCUGGACGACAAAAAAAAAAACGAAUUUAAAAAGGUGACCGACUCUACGGUCUACGAAAUUUUACGUCAACGAAAUCCCUCGAAAGCUUGCCACUUAACUGGAAUUUAUAGCACAUAAAGUAAAAAUUACAAUCUUAGUCCGAAGACAACGCAUGUAUGCGAAAUCUUAAGAAGUU